UGCCGCCGGUCAAACUGUAUUACUGUAUCAAGAAUCUCUCUCUCUCUCCUUCCCCUUUCUCUCUCUAUUAUAUAUAUAUAUUGCCAAACAUUUUACCCAAUAAAACCCUCCUCAAUCUUUGGCCCAUUUGACCUCACCCCUUCACUACUCUAAAACCCUCUUCCCCCUACCAAAACAAAAAAAAAAAAAAAAAAAAGAAGAAAAAGUCUAAACUUGGUGGAUUUGAUGAGAAAAUCUUUGGGAGAUUCUCGUAUCUAUAUGAGCCUCCAGAAGUGGGAUUUCUUUUAAGAUUCCGCAGGUAUCAUUUAUGUGAUGUGAAUGCAUAUAUGCAUGAAAACAGGCCAUGCUUUUCUUCCUCCAUCGAACAAACUCACUCAAACACACACUCCUUUUAUCUGUUGGGUUGUGAUCUGGUAAAAGAGGAGUCUUUGUGGUUAGAGAUUUUUGGGUGAUUUGGGGAUGGAGUUGAGGAGAAUAAUUUUAGGGCACUUUUUGGUGAUUUCUUUGGCUUUGAACAUGGGGUUGCUGUACAGAGAUUAUUAUUACAACGGGAAUCGAAAGCCACAGGAUGUGUUCACCUUCAAAAAUAAGGGCAAGAAUGCUUCUUUGUAUGCUAAAAGAGAUGCCCAUCUUGGGAAGAGGACGUUUCUAGAAGCUUCUAAGGCUUCAUCUUCAUCUUCAUCUUCUUCGACUGUUCUUGAUGAAGUUAUUGAUCUUGAUCAUGGUGACCCGACGAUGUACGAGAGGUAUUGGCAACAAAUGGGAGACAAAACUACUGUGGUGAUCCCCGGAUGGAAAUUCAUCAGUUAUUUUUCGGAUGUUAGUAAUAUUUGUUGGUUUUUAGAGCCGGAAUUCGCCAGUGCUGUUUUCCGGCUGCAUAAUUUGGUCGGAAAUGCUGCCACUGAAGAUCGCCACAUUGUGGUUGGAACCGGCUCGACUCAGCUCUACCAAGCAGUGCUUUAUGCCCUUUCUGCGCCUAAUGCUACCGAGCCAAUCAGUGUUGUAUCUGUUGCGCCGUUCUACUCUUCGUAUCCGUUGAUCACUGAUUUUCUCAAGUCGGGACUCUAUACAUGGGCUGGCGACGCGCGCAAGUUCAAGCUCGAUAAGCCCUAUAUCGAACUAGUGACAUCCCCGAACAAUCCGGAUGGAUUCACACGGGAACCUAUAGUCAAUCAAAACCACGGGACAUUAGUUCACGACUUGGCAUAUUAUUGGCCUCAAUACACAGCAAUAUCUUCCCGUGCCGAUCAUGACAUCAUGCUCUUUACCGUCUCAAAAAGCACCGGUCAUGCCGGCACUCGUCUUGGGUGGGCUCUUGUUAAGGAUCGAGAAAUCGCCAAGAAAAUGACCGAGUUUGUCAUGCUAACCACCAUCGGGGUUUCCAAAGAGUCGCAACUUCGCGCGGCAAAAAUAUUACAAGUCAUUAGCGACUCGCACGAGCAAAAAGUUAGUAAGGAAAGCGAAGCCUUCUUCGACCAUAACUACAACCUCAUGACUCGUCGUUGGCAACAACUUAAAAAUGCCGUUAAAGCGAGCAACCUUUUCAGCUUGCCCGAUUUGCCCACCGAAAAAUGUGCAUUUAGCGGGCGAACUUUCGCGACACAACCCGCUUUUGCGUGGCUCAAGUGCGAAGGCGAAAUCGAUGAUUGCGAAAACUUUCUUCGCGGCCACAAGAUCAUAACGAGAGGCGGGAAGCAUUUUGGCGAUAGCAACAAGUUCGUUCGAAUUAGCAUGUUGCCGCGCGACGAAGUAUUCGAUAAAUUUAUUGAGCAAUUGUCGAUUAUUUCGUCUUUGCCGUCGUCGAAAGAUCGGUAGAGCCUUUGCUAAUCUUUCCAUGGAUGUUCUUGGCUAGUUCUUUCUUUGUAGUAAAUAUUUCCAAAAUUUGUUUUUUUCAUAUUGUAUUAUUUUUCCCUUUGAAGUAUGAUAUAUUUUGCUGGAAAUUGAAAGUUAAUAUAGUGUGAAAGUAGGAGUUAAAAGUAUGUUGUUGUUAUUGAUAAAAUUCGUUAAUAUAACGAUAUUUGAUACUA